AUGUGUGGUGUCUCGGAUUUCAUCGCCAAUUGCAAGUGUGAUCUAGAUGGUUUUCAUGUCAGUGUUGUGUCAUUUCAAACGACUACCUCUGCUUUCGUUAGGCCUGGAAGUACUUCUUACAUCCUUCAACAUUUUGACUUUGGCACUGAUACCCUCGACUUCGAUAUCAUUUUGUGA